AUGCCUGGCGCUUUUGUCCUUGUGGGUGCUCGCGCUAGGCAGGAGAAGGAGCGGGUUGGUGCCUUUGACUUGUCGUUUGUAUGUAAACUGAACCGAGGGACAGGAGGUCACGAACGCCAGGGCGACCGCAAAGAAGCCGGUUCGUUAUCGACCCCUCGUGACUGGAGUGAGGCGCGAGGUAUAACGUCCGACUGUGCGGAAGUAGAAGUUGCGGGAACGGACGUCACGGAUGUGGUCUUAGUAAUGACGUGGUGCGGACACAUUCAGAGCGACGACACGUCGGGAUCUGCCCGGGCGGUUUUUAAGCGCAUGAGCGGACUCAAGCACUUGUAA